AUGUCUGCUACUGCAUUUAGUCGUUCUACCCUGAAUAUUGCCAAACACACAGUCAGACCAAGCUACAAUCGCAGAGUCCUGCUAGCCUCUGCUGUUGCUGUUGGUACUGUUGCUGCAUUGGCAUAUUCCUAUCACAACAACAACAACAACAACAACAAUAACCAAGGGGGCAGUAUUAUCCAAAAGGCUUUGUUUGGUUUUGGUGCAUCUGCAGUGACUACCAAUGUUCGUGAUGCAUCUCCAGUAAAACAUGAUGAAGAGUAUUAUCAAAAAGUUUACAAUGCAAUUGCACAAAAACUAAUUGAUGAAGAUGACUUGGAUUUUGGCUCUUAUGGACCAUUGCUUGUUCGUUUAGCAUGGCAUAAUUCUGGUUCUUAUGAUAAGAAUGACAAGUCUGAACAUAAAGGUGGUUCGUAUGCCGGAACAAUGAGAUUUGAAAAGGAGCAACGGGAUCCUGAAAAUGCGGGCUUGAAGAAGGGCAUUGACUAUCUACAAUCAAUCAAGGUACAGUUCCCAGAUAUCUCGCAUGGAGACUUGUUUACUUUAGGUGGAGUGGUUGCAAUUCAGGAAUUGGGGGGCCCAAAGGUUCCAUGGAGACCUGGUAGGACGGAUUUACCAGUCGAUGUUACGCCUCCUUAUGAGAGAUUACCGGCUGCCUCGCAGGAGACUGGUAAAUACAUCAGAACGGUAUUUGCAGAUAGACUAGGGUUCACCGACAAGGAGAUGGUUUGUUUGAUUGGUGUCGGUCACGCUCUUGGUAAAUGUCACCGUGAAAAUUCCGGGUACGAAGGUCCUUGGACUUUUUCACCUACAACUGUUUCAAAUGAAUAUUUCAAGUUGCUACUGAAUGAAGACUGGCAAAUUAAGCAAUGGGAUGGUAAAAGACAGUAUGAAGAUAAGAAAACACACUCUUUAAUGAUGUUACCUGCAGAUAUGGCUCUAAAGUUUGAUGACAAAUUCAGGAAAUACGUUGAAGAGUAUGCAAAGGACGAGGAAAAAUGCAUGAAGGAUUUCUCUGCAGCCUUUAGCAAAUUGCUAGAAAGAGGUAUCAAAUUCAAUGUUGAACCAAUGGUUUUCAAGAGACUAGAUGAACAAUAA